GCGCAGGACGCACGGAAGACGCGCGUGAAAGUAACCGAGCUGUCUCAUUUAAACACCGAACCAAACUUGAAUUCUUCCAGUUCUCUUCGCAGUCAAAUUUCGAACUAACCCUGAUUUCAAGACAUGACUCUUCAUCCUCCACCACUUUAAUCUCCGGUGAAUUAGAGGUGUGUUUCACACGUGAUGCUCGGAUCGCGCAGGAGUGUUUGUGCCACGAUUUUGGCUAAAAGAUGUGAGGAUUUCUACGGAAAUAACUAAGGAAAACAGCCCAAACAAACAAGGAAUAAAAGGAAGCGUUUUCCAGUGUGUCCAGUGAAGCUCGUUUCAGUUUCCUGCUGUGCAGAAUGCGGCUGUCACCUACAGUACUUCUUUUUGCUUUUUUAGUUUGGGCUGAAGGCUCUUCUCUCCAUUACUCAGAUGGCCACACCAGCCAUCUCCCCCUGGAGAAAACCUUUGGUCGAUCUGUCAAGGACUCUCAAUGCCAACACAUGCUGAAGCACCUUCACAAUGGAGCACGAAUCACUGUGCAGAUGCCUCCCAGUGUGGAGGGUCACUGGGUGUCUACCAGCUGUGAGGUGAGACCAAGCCCAGAGUUUCUGACGCGCUCCUACAGGUUUUACCCCAACAACACUUUCCAUGCCCACCAGUUUUACUACGAGGACAACCACUGCACCAAACCCACUUACACUCUGGUGAUCCGUGGUCGGUUGCGCCUACGACAGGCUUCCUGGAUCAUUCGUGGUGGCACAGAGGCAGAGUACCAACUCCACCAUGUCCAGAUAGUGUGUCACACAGCCACUGUGGCCAAAGAGCUGAGCCAGAGGCUCAACCAAAGCUGCAGAGGGGCCAUAAAGGGACCCUGGGAACCCAGCAUGCUCUAUGAACUGUGGAGUGAGGAGGGGAGGUACGACUGCUCCAAAGAGCUCAACUUUGCAAUGCAUGAGCUGCAGCUGCUGAGGGUUGAGAAGCAAUAUCUCCAUCAUAAUCUGGAUCACCUGGUGGAGGAGCUAUUUCUGGGAGACAUCCACACUGAGGCGUCACAGAGGUUGUACUACAAGCCGUCCAGCUACCAGACCGCCCUGCAGAAUGCCAAGAAUCACGACCACGGCUGCAUCGUCUGUCGUAUCAUCUAUCGCUCUGAUGAGUUCCACCCUCCCAUCCUGCCUCCGCGGGCCGACCUGACCGUCGGGCUGUACGGUCAGUGGGUGAGCCAGCGCUGCGAAGUUCGCCCCGAGGUCCUCUUUCUCACCCGUCAUUUCAUCUUCCACGACAACAACCACACCUGGGAUGGCCACUACUACCACUACUCCGACCCCAUCUGUAAACACCCCACCUUCACCAUCUACGCCCGUGGACGCUACAGCCGAGGACUUCACUCCACCCGCGUCAUGGGUGGCACAGAUUUUGUCUUCAAAGUGAACCACAUGAGAGUGACACCCAUGGACUUAGCCACCACCUCCCUCCUCAAUGUCUUCAACAGUAAUGAGUGUGGAGUGCAGGGCUCCUGGCAGGUGGGAGUGGAGCAGGACGUCACCAUCACAAACGGCUGUGUGGCGUUGGGCAUCCGGCUGCCCCACACAGAGUACGAGCUCUUCCGCAUGGAGCAAGAUGCCCACGGACGCUACCUGCUCUACAACGGCCAGCGUCCCAGCGAUGGCUCCAGCCCGGACCGCCCAGAGAAGCGAGCCACUUCCUACCAGAUGCCCCUGGUCCAGUGCUCGUCGAGCAGCCAGCGAUCCGAUCACAGCCGAGGGGAUGAAGGGGAGAGGCCGCUGCUGCACAACAACGACUGCACAGGAUGGCACAGAGGCAGCAACAAACACAUGGCAGCAGCUCUCGCCACGAUCAUCACAGCUCUGCUUCUCUUCUGGCAAUGUUAGGGAGCAGUUUGGGGUUUUUUCAGAAAAACAGCACAAUAAUGCACACAGUCAGAUCUCAGUUAUCGUUUUAUGCAACACCGCAGAUGCCUUUCCGCUCUCACAAAGGCCAACCUGACUGGUGUGCAGAGUGUCUUUUAUGGAGACACUGAUUGGCGUGCUGAUCAGCAAUUCUCCACAGCUGUGGGCUUUGCUUCCAGGGCUCACCGGCGGAAAAGAGGAGACAAAACACAAUCAGCUCAUCCCAGAUGCUUACAUAAACACAUCACCAUUUGGAAGAGUAAGAAUUUGUUAAAGGAACUGACCUUAUACACUCAUAACGGAGAUAGCGCAGUGAACAAGUGGACAAACGUUUUAAAGAGAGCUGUGUAGUGAAAGAGGAAACGACACUGACCUGUUGUAAAGGACUCGGAUUCUGUCCAAUCACAACCAAGAACUACUGUUUCUACUCUUUCUGGGGGAAAAAAAGCAAAAUCAUUGCUUUUUGUUAAAUGUUUUUACAUUUGGCAAAAAGACAUUUUUGCUAAAAUAUCAUGCAAA